AUGGCAUCAGCGGCGGUCCAGCAACCCGGCGGACACUCUACUUCCUUCGAGCCUCUGACGACUCAGUUGAAAGGCACAUCGGCUGCUCAGACCGAGAAGCACCAUGUUCGCACAUCUUUGAACUAUUACAAGGACCCUGGUGACGGAAGCCCUCCUCCUCCAAGCUACGUCGGCAAGCCCGAGACGUACGAGAGGCCCUAUGAGCCGUUGGACGUGACAAUCCACGACAUCCGAGGCGAAGAGGGCGGGUAUACCCUGGACAAGAACGGAUUCCAGAUCUUCCGCCGCGAGAGCGUCGAGAAGGACUUUGUCGACGACGAGCAGAUCAAGGCCCAGUAUUACCCUGAGACGGAGCAAUUGUUGAAAGACGCGACGGGAGCUUCUCGUAUCUUCAUCUUUGACCAUACCAUCCGUCGAGCGCCCAAGGACGGAAGAGCAGCAGGGGCGUCUCCUGCCGCCAUCAACCUCCGAGGACCCGUCAACCGAGUCCACAUCGACCAGAGCUACAGUGCGGCCAAGAACCGCGUGCCUCACCACCUACCCGAGGACGCCGAGCGGCUGCUCACGACCCGGUACCAGAUCAUCAACGUCUGGCGGCCGAUCAAGAAGAUUCUGAAAGAUCCCUUGGCGGUCGCCGACGCCCACUCCGUCCCGGACUCGGACCUCAUCGGCGUCGGGCUCAUAUACCCUGACAGGAGGGGGGAGACGUACACCGUGCGACCCAACCCGGAACACAAGUGGUACUAUCGCUACGGGCAGGCGCCCGAGGAGACGUUGCUGAUCAAGUGCUUUGACUCCAAGUUGGACGGGAGGGCGAGGAGAGUCCCGCAUACUGCGUUUGUGAAUCCGGAGACGGUCAACGAAAGCUCGCGAGAGAGUAUCGAGGUCAGAGCGCUGGUCUUUUACGAGGAUCAGCCUGCAGAGUGA